AUGUGGCAGAGGAGAAAAAGGGAGCUUCACCUCUCCCUUCCCACUUUCCUUCUCGCUUCCCUGCAGACGACGGCCAUGGCUCCGUACUUCAUUCGCAAUCUGGUUCCUCGUCGCGAAAAGCAGGAGGGUUCCCGACCCUUGCUCACCGUGCUGGCAAGCCUGACUUGGCUACAGUGGGCGCAGUUCCUUUCCGGAUGGUUUGCGUGGACAUGCGAUGCAAUCGACUUUUUCUCCGUUUCUCUCAGUGUCGUUCACCUACGAGAGCAGUUCGGGAAGACCACUCAUGAGAUUACGACCGCAAUAACCUUGACGCUACUCUUCCGUUCUGUUGGCGCUGUCGUCUUUGGCGUCAUUUCCGACCGCUUUGGCCGCAAAUGGCCUCUCGUGGCUAAUCUCGUUCUUGUUGCUGCACUGGAACUCGGCGCCGGUUUUGUUCACAACUUCAAGGAGUUCCUCGCACUACGCUCCCUCUUCGGUAUCGGCAUGGGCGGCAUAUGGGGCCUCGCUGCUUCCACCGCCCUCGAGAACCUCCCCGUGGAGGCCCGUGGAAUCGCAUCCGGCUUCUUGCAGGAGGGAUACGCCGUCGGAUACCUCAUUGCCGCUCUCAUCAACCUCUACCUCGUCCCCGCUGUCAGCGCCGGUUGGCGCAGUCUCUUCUGGAUGGCCGCCGGCUUGUCGUUACUUGCCGCCAUAUUCCGAGCCCUCCUCCCCGAGAGUGAGGUGUUCUUGAAGGCCAAGGCGGCGGAGAAGGCAAAGGGAGCGCACCAGAGCACGAAGAAGAAGACAGCAAUUUUCUUCCACGAGUUAAAGGAGAUGCUGAAGACACACUGGAAGCUCUGCAUUUACGCCGUCCUGCUUAUGACCGGUUUCAACUUCCUCUCGCACGGAUCCCAAGACCUCUACCCCACCUACCUCCAAACGUCGAAGAACUUCUCCGCGCACAACUCUACAGUCGCCACGAUCAUUGGAAACUGCGGUGCUAUCUCUGGCGGUAUUUUUGCUGGAUGGCUCAGUCAGCUCAUCGGACGAAGGCUGACGAUUGUCCUCCAUGUCCUUCUCGUCGGAGCCUUUAUCCCCUUGUGGAUCCUCCCCUCGUCAUUCGGCUCCCUCUCCGCCGGUGCGUUCUGGCUCCAGUUUGGCGUCCAAGGCGCUUGGGGUGUCAUCCCCAUUCAACUCGCCGAGAUGUCGCCACCCGCGUUCCGAGCGACAUUCCCUGGCGUGGCAUACCAAAUUGGAAACAUGAUCUCCUCGGCGUCUGCUCAAAUUGAAGCGACUGGCGGAAACAAUCUCCGAACGACCAUCAUUCAGAAUGGCGUCCCCACGGAUGUGCCCGACUAUGCCCUCGUGCAAGGCAUCUUCAUCGGAGUUGUCGCUGCAUUCGUUAUCUUUAUCACCAUUAUCGGGCCCGAGAACCACGGAUCGCACUUCGAGCAACACAAGGCUGCCUUUGAGGAGGGUGCCGCACGGGACGACGCGGUGAGAGAGGAGGAUGAAGUGCCGCAGAGGAGGGAGAGUGACACGGAAUCGGCGAAUGAGAAGCAUCGCGAGACGGGGUCGAUCGAAAAGGUUGGGUGA